AUGGCUCAAAGCUGGGUUGAAAAACUGAAGAGAAUUGAUGUCAGUGCAGAGAUUGCCCAUGAAUUCUUUGUGGCAUGUCAAGAAUCUGAUCUCGAUAGUGUCAAGUCAUAUAUCGAAGAUAAGAAUUUGAAUGUAAAUACUAAAGAUUUGGUGGGUUAUGGUCAGACAGCUCUUCACUAUGCUUGUUGGAAUGGUAGUUUGAAAUUGGUUGAAUAUCUAUUAUCAAAAGAAGCCUCUGUGGAUGCCCUCAAUGAUUACAAACAAACACCACUCCAUGAAGCUGCUUUUAGAGGACAUCCAGAUAUUGUUUCAUUGUUACUAAAAUCAGGAGCUGAUAAAUUAUGUAAAGAUCAUGUUGGUGAGACGGCACUCGACUAUGCCAAGAAGAAACGAAACGAAGCAACCAACUUUACAAGCGAAUCUCUUUACAAGGAUGUGAUUAAAUGUCUAGAUUCCCACAUGGGUGGUUCCAAUCCACGUAAACGUAAAAUACCGUGCUGUUUUCAGUAA